GGAGCUAUGUAAUAUCGCGAUGUGUUACAGAACGAUUCAAACGCCUCCGUAAGAUGCGGCGGGAAUUAAAAGAAACCGACGUACGACCUAAGAAAAUGAAUGGAUUUAAUGUAUCUGUUAGACGAAACUAAGGCGAAACAUAAUAAAUAAAAAAUUGGAAGUCGGGGAGAAAACGGUUCGUUAGGUUAGCGUGACGUCGGCGGGGAGCUACCGUUAAUACUUCCUGGGUUUGUAAACAAACCAUCCGCAGGUUUGUAAAAAUCGAUAAGAAAGAAGAAUUAUAGCGAUAUUAAAUCUUAAAACAUUAGCGUGUAGGUGGUCUGUGAUGGAGAGCGCCCCGGCUGGCGCUGCGUCAUCACUCAGUACUAACAUAAACAAUAACAACAGAGUGAGUGACUUUCCUGCCCCAGAAACGACUUUAGAACAACUAUUCUCCUCUCGGUCUCUGAAAGUCACGGUGGACGACGGGGUGCCCGUGGCCGUUAUCUCCGUCCAGAGGUAUCUAUCGGAGAAGGUUUUCUGCAGUGAUCAGCCCCACGAUCCACAUGACAGCUACACCUACGACGUGACGGUGACGGACGGCGUGCGGAGGACCAGAGGCGUCCUCCACCGCAGUCUGAACCGGCUGGUCCACAGCAACACCCUACGCCCCGGGGUGCAGAUCCGCAUCACCGGCUGCUCCUUCGUGUACAACGAGCAGCGGCUGGGCCAGGGCCACAUCUGCAUCGAGAAGGUCCAAUGCGAUGAAGGGGCGAGGAGGAGUCCGCUUCUGGACGGCCUCAAGGACCUGGGUUGUCUGUCGGUGCUGACCAAGCAUGGCAUGGAGAACGUCGGGGUGCGAGAUGACUUUCCUCUCAAGACGAGCAGCAAACAUUACCUCCCUCUCUGGAACAACGAAGACCCAGAAGGAGAGCAGUGGUUUCCCCCGCGCACCACGCCUGACCUGGUUCUGGACGUGUCUAGCGUCACGUUGCUGUGCGACCUGGAGUCGUCGCUGGGCUACGCGCGGGGAGGCCCGCCCCUCCUGGUCAGGGUCAUCCAUAAGUCCAGGCUGCGGUACUACGGGAAGUGUGACAUCGUCGACGCGAAGAAGAAGGCGGACUACCCCUACCACGCGUACCUGGAGGUGGCGGACCAGAGCGGGGCCAUGUCGCUGGUGCUGUGGAGCGAGCUGUGUCUGGACUGGUACCACAGCCUCCACGUGGGAGCCGUCCUCUACAUCCACAAGUACACCGUCAAGGACAGCUACGCCAACAGGUCCCGCCCCCAGAUGGAGCACCACUGCCUCAGGGUGUUCAGGUCAAAAGAGAUCUCCCUGAACCGCCGCAGCACGGCCCCGGUUCUCUCCGUGGUUCCUCAGAAGAACCUCCCGGUCCAGUGGGGGCUGCCGGACGUGGCCUACAGGUUCACCUGCAGGUCCGAGUUGGAGAACCUGGCCCCCAACACGGCCUGUGAUGUCAUCGGUCUGGUGACGUUCGUCGGCCGCGUCCAACGAAUCAGAUGCCAGGGUGACAAGGGGCCCGAGAAGUUCUGGACGUACCGCUGGGUCCACGCGCUGGACGGCUCCUCUCAGCGGCCGUUCAUCCUGGAGAUCUUCUCCUGCUCCCAGCCCGAUGUCUUCCACGCCAUCUGCCCCAUGACCUACCUGGUGUGCACCCAGAUGAGGGUGUGUCCGGGGGCGUCGGCUCCCUUCCUCACCUCCAGCUGUGAGACGCAAAUCUUCAUCACAGGCCACCACCGAGGACAGCCGUACGUGUCUGACCCCCGGGUGAAGGAGUUCAUCAGGUGGACCAAGACCCUGAAGGACGGAGCGGUUCUGGACAAGACCCUUGUGGGGGGCCACUACUGCUACCCCCCGGCCCCGCCCGUCUUCACACAGCCCCUGCACAACGGCUCCGUUCCGGUGGUGCUGGUGGCGGCGAGCGACCUGAAGGGGGCGCUAGAGUCCCUCCGCUACCGGGAGCACAAGCGGCUCGCUGUCCAGGGGCUCAUCACGGCCGUGCGAUACGUCCGGCUGCACCCCGACCCUUCGGAGCCGAACACCGACCCUUCGGAGCCGAACCCCGACCCUUCGGAGCCGAACACCGACCCCUCGGAGCCCAGCGGGGGAGAGGUAUCAGGUGAGGCUUCAGCGGGAACUUCAAGAGCUUCAACAGCGACAUCGGCAUCAGAACAUCCCGAUGUUGGACAAACGAAGAACGGGACUAGAGGUGGAACAGCGCCCUCUGGUGUCGCGUCCCCGUCGAUCACAAGGAGGACUACCCCUAAAAAGAGAAGUUUCCAUCGCUUCUACUUGACUCGAGCCAAGAUGAGAACAAAAAGGCUAGCAGGGGGGCCCGUCAGCCCGGACCCCCCAGAGGUCAGCAGCUCAGGGUCUGACUCGGACCUCCUGGACGUGGGGAGCACCCGCCAGGAAGGAUCGGUGGGACCCCCCCCCCCCUGUCUGUGCCCCCCCCCAGCAGCAGAGCAGAGCCCGCCGCUCCGCUGGGAGAGCCGUGAUUGGUCGAGGCAGCGCGGGGAGGUGUCGACCCACCUGUGUGGGGAGGGGCUUCAGCCGGACAGCCUGGCCCGCCGGUUCUCCCUAGAGGAGAGGAGCGCCCUGCUGGCCUGGAGCGGACUCCCCUCCUCCCACUGGACCCCCCCGGACCCCCAGCCCGGCCGGGCCGCCCCCCCGGGGGCCGGGGCCCCAGGGGGGCGGCCCCCGGGGUACUACCACGCCACCAUACUAGGCAUCAACCAGCAGGUGGCGCUGGACGCGGCGUUCUGCCCGGUGGUGUCGUCAGCAGACCCCCGGGCCGAGGGGCUCCCGCUGGACCCCCACGGGAACUCCCUGCUCUCCCUCCUCUCCGCCGGCUUCCUGUGCCCUCUGGGUGACCCCGUGACCCCCGACCUCCCCUCCCCAGAGGAGGUCCUCCAGACGGCCGGGGAGCUGGAGGGGGCCCACCUGCUGUGCGUCCUGGACCUCUGCCACCUGGGGGGCGACCGGGUGGAGGUGCUGCUCAGCAAGGUGUACCGGGUCACCUAGGGGGCCGUCGCCCAGGGAACCACCCGCCCGGGGACCCCCGGCCCCCCGUCACCGGGCCCUCGUUGGUCAUUAGGAGGUUAACGUGUUGAUUUAACAUUAAAACGUUUUUUAACUAAA